GGUACCUUCAAGUAGUCAUACGUGGGUCCUGGUGUGCAUUGUGUCUGGUCCGUCAUUCCUGGUGCAGGUGGUGAACACGAGAAGGAUCCUGAUCGACAGUAUCACUCAUAGCCACACGUGUCUUACUUAUCAGAGUAUAUUUCACAAAUGAAAUUUUUCUCUUCUGAACAAUGUCUGUAUAGAAUUGCAAUGUUGUGAUUGCAGGUCCCCCAAGUCUCGCAAAGGAGGAGGGGCGUCCUUGUUCGGAUUAUUCAUCCAAGCAGUUAAUUCGUUGAACUUCUUUUCAUCCUACAGCGGCAGGUGGUGUUGUACCCCAGUAGUCGAACAAGAAAUACUAUUACAACGACGGCGGAAAGAGUUUUUUCAUUCAUCUAGCGGCAAAUAGAAGUUAAUUACAGCCUUUUGGUUAAUUACAGCCUUGUGUGCUCGUAUUUCUUCUAUUGCUUGGUUCAAUUUCACCCCUUGCAAGUUACAUCUGUGAUAACUUCACACCAUCUUGUUUCAGCCUCUCACUCAACCUACGUCUUCGCGUAGACCGAAUCCUUCGUGUCUCUCCCUAGUCCAUCCUCAGAAGUAGUCGUAGUAGAAGUCCCGUACUAGACUAGAGUAGAAGUUCGUCCUCCCUCCAUAGGAAAUAGAUAUCGUCCAGGCGUCCUACCCACCACAAGCACAAACAAGAUGAAACUGCUGAGGAAGUUCUUGAUUGCUGGGGCCCUGCCCCAUAUUGCUUCGGCAGUCAACCCCCCACCGGAGGAGGACAAGGCAGCGGAGGCAGCCGCAGAACCAGAUGAGGCCACGGCUGACGCUGCCGAGCCAGCUUCCAAGGUUGAUGGAUUCUCAAAAGAAGAGCUGGAGAAGGUAUUGAUGUUUGUGUGGUCCUAGGUCUUUCUGUUCGUAUCUUUUGUACCUUAAAUGCAGGUAGGACUUUAUAGAUCGGAGUUUUUUCAGUCUGUUGAAUGAUCGACCGUUGGAUUCGUGGCGUGAAGAGCUUUUUGUAUAGUGCGGAGCCACCAAAAUUGUCUACAUGUUUUUUACGCAUUCAAAUUUGGUUGCAAAUUCCCCCAUCUCACACUCAGAUGGAGUCUUCCGGUGAGAAGCACGAGUUUCAAGCGGAGGUGUCGCGUUUGAUGGACAUCAUUAUUAACUCGCUCUACACCGACAAGCAAGUCUUCCUUCGUGAGUUGAUCUCCAAUGCAGCAGAUGCACUGGAAAAAACGCGAUUUCUGUCGGUUCAGGAUGCCGCUUUCUUGGGAGAUACCAAGGAUUUGGAGAUCAAAAUCGAGUUCGACCCAGAAGCAAAGACGUUGUCCAUCACGGAUACUGGUAAGAGAUUACGCUGAUCUGUAGGACAUGUUUGAUGAUUGUUGGCCAGGAUAAAGGAGUGACCCGUGCCUUUAGUGUGCGUCCGCACAAAGCAAACAAUGACGAGCAAAACGUCGCUAAGAAAGUAAGUAUUGGGUACUAGGAACAAAUCGCAGGAGUCAACCCGUGUGUACGAAGGGUACCAUCAAGUAAUUCUUUCUUACACUUGAGGAAUUCUUUUGUCAUCUUUUCCAGCUUCUCCCCCGAUCUUGAUUUUCAUCAAUCAACAACAACAUCAGGGUCUGAUCAACACUUCCAUUUUUUCCCCCAAUCAAACUCCUAGGUGUGGGUAUGACGAAGGCGGAUUUGAUCAACAACUUGGGGACGGUCGCUAAGUCCGGAACCACGAACUUUCUCGAGGCCAUGGCCGAGGGAGGCGAUGCCAACUUGAUUGGUCAGUUUGGUGUCGGUUUCUACUCCGCGUUCUUGGUCGCUGAUAAGGUCAGCGUCACCUCAAAGGCGAACGAUGACGACACUCAGUACGUGUGGGAAUCCACUGCCGAUGCGAGCUUCCAGGUGUCUGAGGACCCACGAGGACCCACUUUGGGACGAGGUACAAUCCCUAUUGUAAGGUCUCUGAGAUUUGUUACAUGUAGAGAUUUACUACUGUGCAGAAAUUUCUCUUAGUCUUACAUGUAGAGAUUUGCUACUGCGGAGAAAUUUCUCUCAGUCUGAAAGAUAAGUGGAGAUGAUCAUCCACGCUACCAAUCCACGCACCAGGUUCCCGCGUCACUCUCUACUUGAAGGAGGAUGCGCAUGACUUCUUGUCCGAGUACAAGCUCAAGGAUGUCCUUGGAAAGUACUCCCAGUUUAUCCAGUACCCGAUCUAUUUGAAGGUCAAGAAGGAGGUCGAAGCAGAAGAAGAGGAGGAGGACGACGAAGAAGAUGACGAUGAGGCUGAGGCCGAGGAUGACGAGAAGGAAGAAAAGAAGGAGAAGGCACCGAAGGAAAAGAAGAAGACCACUGUCCACGAGUGGGAACAGGUAGUCUCUCUAUAUUUUCUAAGAAGAAGACCACUGUCCACGAGUAGGAACAGAUAGAUUCUCAACAUUUUCUGACUUGAUCACUGACGUUGAGGAGGACGUUCUAGUACGCUCAUACGAGCUCCUUGAUAUCCCGUUUCUCACAUAAAUUUCUUGCUACGAUACGUCGCACUUCUACACAACACGUACGCAUCAUCCUCACAAAACUAACACCAGGUCAACACCCAAAAAGCCAUCUGGCUCCGAAACAAGGACGAAGUUACGGAUGCCGAGUACACCGACUUCUACAAGGCCAUUAGCAAGGACUACAUGGAGCCAUUGGCUAACACUCACUUCAACGCUGAGGGUGAAAUUGACUUCAAGUCGAUUCUGUUCGUGCCCAAGAAGGCUCCGAUGGACAUGCUCGAUAACUACUGGACCAAGAAGAGCGAGGUAGUCCGUGCAAUAGCUUGUAGAUGUUACUUAUUUGUUGAAACGAAACGUCUUUUGGUUUUGCAAACCGUUAGUACAAAUCUAGAAGUUUCUCUGCAACGCAAUCUCCCAUUCUUCUUCAAGGAACCGACUUUUUCAGGUCAAACUCUACGUGCGCCGCGUUCUCGUCGCUGAGAAGUUCGAAGACUUGCUUCCCCGUUACCUCAACUUUAUUCGCGGCGUUGUUGACUCUGAUGAUUUGCCGCUUAACGUCUCUCGUGAACAGCUCCAACAGAACAAGAUCAUGAAGGUCAUCACCAAAAAGUUGGUGCGUAAGGUCCUCGAACUCUUGAAGAAGAUGGCCAAGGACAGUGGAAAGGACGACGACGAGGAAGACGCUGACGAAGAGGACGGAGAAGAAAAGAAGUUACGGCUCGGAUAUGAGGGUUGAAUGGUCUUUGUAGCGCUUCUCUAAGUAGACUUACUUGCGGCCUUCCCGAAGUAAUAACUACGUUUGAGGUUGUACUUGCCUUGUAAACAUAGCCAUGGGCAGAUGUAAACAUAGCGAAUUGAAGCAGUGGCAAGUAAAGAGAAUUCCUAGAUCGCUUAUUUCAAGUCAUCAGUUGGUAUUGAGUACUUAUACCUAAAUCUUCUCCACCUGUCUUCACCAUCUCUAAUCCCCGAGAAGAAGGACAAGGAUGGCGAAUCUCACUACGAGACCUUCUACAAGGAGUUCGGCAAGAACCUCAAGAUGGGAUGCUACGAAGACGACUCCAACCGAUCUAAGAUCUCCAAGUUGCUCCGAUUUACCACCACCAAGUCCGAUGGAAAGGAAAUCUCUCUCGACAAGUACUUGGACAACAUGCCGGAAAAGCAGGACUCGAUCUACUACGUCAGCGGUACUGGCUUUAUGCUUAGUUUUGUCUGUUGCUUGACUGCGUAGCACGACAUACUCAAUGACACAGCUUGUUCUAGUUUCCUUUAGCAUUUCGUUCUGUACAGUUGUCAUGUCUUUCCAACUCGCUUUUUCCGACUACGUUCCAAUAGCUCCCCAACAACAUCAACAAACCAACCCAACCAGGUGAAUCCAUGGAGACGCUGGUGAAGCUUCCCAACUUGCAGAUCUUCAAGAAGAAGAACAUCGAGGUCCUCUUGUUGACCGAUCACCUCGACGAGCCAUGCAUCCAGAAGUUGGCUGAUUACGAGGGCAAGAAGUUUGUGUCUAUCCAGAAGGCGGAUGUCAAGCUGGAAGAGACCGAGGAAGAGAUCAAGCGCUUCAACAAGAUGAAGGAGCUGUACACGCCGCUCACCACCUGGUGGAAGGACACGCUGACCAAGCUCACCGAAUCUGGUGGCAUGAAGAGCACGGGAGUCAAGAUCGAUGGUACUGUAAUUCUCUUAAUUUAAUUUUAGUCGUGUGUCGAGGAGUUCCGUUGAGUACUACACCUACAUGUUUGGAGUGCUAGUAUCUAUAGUACAUGAUCUUUUUCCACAACGGCGAGUCUAGUUUCUUUCGCUGUCUGACAUGUUGUGUAUCAUAUGGACUACUUCUUCAACGACACGCAGGUGUCGUCCUCUCCAAGCGUUUGACCGAGUCUCCGUGCGUCGUCGUCACAUCGCAGUUCGGUUACAGCGCACACCAAGAAAAGAUUAUGCGAGCUCAAGCCUUCCAAAACAAGGAACAGAUCCAGAUGAUGGCCGGCCGCAAGACGCUGGAGAUCAACGGCAACCAUCCGGUAAAAAUUAUGCUGUAGUGUUGCUACGAGUAUUAUGCUGUAGUGUUGCUCCGAUUUCUGAAUAACCCUGUUGUAGAGUAUCACCAAUGUAUUCUCGGAAGACGACCUUUUUCUUGUUGAAGUUUAUCUAUACAGCUUUCAAAAUCCAAACCACUGAAGCUUUCUCAUCCAACAAACCGCAACAGGUCGUCCACGACUUGCUCCAGAAGGUGAAGGACAACAAGGAGGACAAGACUGCCCAGAACACCGCAGAAAUGCUCUUCCAAACCGCCUUGAUCGAGUCCGGAUACGAGUUGUCCGACCCCCAGGACCUCGCUGCUCGCGUCUACAAGCUGAUGGCGCAGCAGUUGGGCGUCGACCCGGAAGAGGGCAUCCGCGAGAUCGAACUGCCAGAGGACGAAGAAGAAGAAGAGGCUGAGGAGGAGACCAAGGAAGAAGAGGAUAAGGAGGAAGUCGAAGAAGUCGCGGAGGAGAAGAAGGAAGACGAAGAAGUUGCCGAGGAGAAGAAGGAGGAAGAGCUGUAAGCUUAGCGUCGCUUCGUAAGAAGUAAGUAGAUGCUUUGUUCUAUAGUUCUUCUAACUUUUCAUUUAAGAAGGUGGCGUAUACUCUAGUUUAGUAUGCGAACCAACAAGGCACUCUAGGUGCAACCAAUAAGUAGGUGACGUUCUUAUUCUCUCUCUUGACACGAAACUGGGUUUUCUUGUGGUAGCUUUGAAGUCAGUCUGAAGUCGUAGGACAAUUUAAAAAGCUGCUGUUUCUCUAAGCAGCAGUAUAAAGGAAGUCUGGGGUGUGUCUUAUUAUGAUGACUGCGGUCAUUACAUUCUAAGAAUAUUUUUGUACACGUGAAAAUUUAGAAUGAAUUUAAGUACUUCAUGAAUCAUGCUUAGUAAAUGGUGAACACAGGAAAAAAAGUAUUGAUACUACAUUAACAUCCAACAACAUAAUUGAAUUUGGCAUGAUAUAUGGUCUGUCGUAUGAAUACUUGAAGAAUCGAAAUCAGAAGUCCAUGAAAAUUAGAAUUACAUCGCUCACAUGCUAGAUGGGUCUCGAAGUACCUGCUAGAUAGUACCAUCGUCAAUACAUAGAGGUACCCCAAGGCGUAUGGUGUUGGAUAUAACCCCCUCUAACACUGCAUCCCGCAGAUGGCGCUACAAGGGGCCGUGAUUACUCAUAGUAGCUAGAGAACGUUGGACUAAGAAACGUUGGACUAGAAAACACGUGUAGUAGCUAGAGUAUCUCGCGCCCCCUUUGUAGUAGCCAGAGAACGUUGGACUGCAUGUCGCCACUCUUCCCCAAAGAAGAUUGCCCUACGGCGAUCCAGAAACCUUUCAUGAAUUGCAUGCGAUCCAGAAACCUUUCAUGAAUUGCAUGCAGCAUACGCAAACAGACACGGCGACUCCGUAAGAAUAAGUCUUUGAACUCCUGAGAGAAGCGAAGGUGAGCAAUGAUACACGAGGGGAUGAAAUUGCCGUGAGCAUUGAUACACGAGAGGAUGAAAUUGUCUGAGGAAAAAGAC